AUGCGUGCUGUUGGCCGGGCAGCCGGCGGCGCCGCCAUGAUUGCCGUGGCCGGCUGCGCCGCGGCUGUCGUUUGCGCCAAGCUUCUUCGGCGGCGGCGCGCAGGCCGCGCCCCUCCGGCCGCCGCGCCGCCACCUUCCGCCUCUGCAUCUUCCACUGCCUGCGACGACAGUCUUCUGCUGUGCAAGAGGCUCACCGCUUGCUGCGCCACCAGCAGGCGCUCCCGGGCGUCCUCAGGCUGCAGCAGCAGCGGCACCCUCACCACGGACACCAGUCCCGACAUCACCGCCACCUCCAUCGCGACCUCCAGCGGUGACAUCAGCAUCACCGCCCUGCUCGACCUCUCCACAUCCAUCGCCCCCGAGGCCGCCGCCGGGCUCAAGACGCCAGACAGCUGCAGCACCGACACGGGCCGCAGCACAUCCCCCGACGCCGCCAGCGGCCGCGAGGUCCCCGCUGCGCCCUGCAACAUUGACACUGCGCACCUGCCGCGCGGCGAGUGGGCGCCGUGCGGCAGCGAGCUGUAUGCCGAGCUCGAGUCGCAACUGUGGUGCGACGCGGAUGAGGUGUUCGCCGCCGGGGCGCCCCUGGGCGCCGGCGGCCAGGGCGAGGUGCGGCGCGUGGCGCUGCUGGGCCGCAGCUACGCGCUCAAGUGCGACACCAAGGGUGACUCAGAGGAGGGCGCGUUUGAGCACCAGCUCAGCGGCGCGGCGGCGCACGCGCGCGUGGUGAGGCCCAUCGUGUCUGCCUGCGGCGACAACUGCGUGACGACCUACCACCUGUUUGAGCUGGCGGCGGGGGACCUGGACCACGUGAUGACUGGCCACAGGUGGUGGUGCUCAUGA